AAUAAAAGCACAAAAUCUUCAAUUCCUUAGCAAGUUUAAGGUUGCUGCUGGUGCAGCUUUGGAGCGCUUCAUUAUCUUCACGCGUUGCGUCCAGCACACAGCACGGAAAACUAUCCACCUCCACGCUGAACGCGUCUUUUAGCCGAAGAAAUGGUGAUUAAGAAGCAGAUAGUGUCUCUGCCAGUGAGGCCAAGAAGGAACAGCUCAAAACAGGCGAAUAAUGCCGCACACAGGAAGGUCUACGAUGCGAAGCCCAGAAUCGAAAGUGCCAAAUGCCGCCUUCUCCUUCUGAUUGUACUACUGAUCACAACGGCCUGGGGAAUUGGUUCACUGAUUUUCACUCCAUUGCAGAUGUUGCUUAGAAUCAGAUUGGAAAUGAGCCCUGGGCUUCCGCCUUACGAUUGGUGGGUUCAGCCGCCCGAUGAGGUUUUGCUCAAAGUCCACCUGUUCAACAUCACGAACUCCGAAAGGUUUCUCAAUGGCAGCGACGAGAAAAUAGCCGUGCAGGAAAUUGGCCCUAUUGUUUACCGGGAAAAACUGAGGCAUUUCAACGUCAAGUCCAAUGCCAACAGUACGCUUUCCUAUAGAGCGAACAGGACUGCCAUAUUCCUGCCCGAAAUGAACACGAUCAACUUGACCGAUUUCAUCGUGGUUCCUAAUCUAGCAGUUCUGCUAAUUCCUGCUUAUUUUCACGAUGCUUCGAUGUUCGUUAAAUGGGGCGUAAACGUUUUGUUGAAGUCCUUCAAUGGCCAGCCACUGGUGCGAAUGAGCAUUCAGGAUUACUUGUGGAACGCGACUGAUCCGAUUUUGGACGCUGCGGAGAAACUAGCGCCAACUUUAGUACCAAUGAAAAAUGUGGGCCUGCUAAGCACUAUCUAUCAAGACUUUGAAAACGACGUGACAGUAUUCACCGGGCCGAAGCAUGGAAAUGCCAAGUUCUUCACCAUUGAUAAGUACGAUGGAUCAGGCUAUUUGCCUCAUUACGCAAGUCCCGCCUGUCAACAACGGUUCAGAAAUGCUUCAGAGGGAAUUGGCUAUCCUCAGAUGCUCACUAAGGAUACGAACUUAACCUACUGGCGGCGAUCCAUUUGCAAAUUGGCCGAUAUUCGAUUUACUAGGGAAGACAGCAAGUAUGGCAUACAAGGGUAUCGCUUCCAGUUGGUUCCAUGGGCGUACAGUCGAACCCAAUGGGAAGGGAACCCGGACUGUUUUGCAGGCACACCUGCUUUACCCAAUGGGGUGGCAGACAUCUCAUCGUGUUAUUGGGGGUUUCCUAUGGCUGUCAGUUUUCCCCAUUUUCUCUUUGCCGAUGCCAGCGCCAGUGCAGCGAUUGAAGGCCUCAGCCCCAAUGAGGAGGACCAUGGUUCCUUUGUCCUGAUAGAGCCAGUGACUGGGGUUCCGUUGGAAGGGAAAGCCAGGUCGCAGAUCAACCUGGUGAUGAAGCCUUUGACUGGGUUCCCAGACAACAUCCAGAGAUUUAGCAAUUCUGUCCUGCCUCUGGCCUGGAUGGAAUACCACCAGGUGGGCGUUCCCACCUACAUCCAACUACUAGUGUACUUAGCUGCGGUUGUGGUUCCAUCCACUCAGCUCGCCAUCUCACUCAUUUCGCUCAGUUUGGGCAUUUUGUGUGGCUAUUUCUUGAUCAACGGCCUGUUUCCGCGUUCCCCGUUUACAGCCCAGGGGUUGAAGCGUGAAGAUCAGGCCCUAAUUUGAGUGGAACCCGGCUAUGGAUGGCACUUUCCACAUUUUUUUCAAGCAAAAGGGGUUGAAAAUAUCAGUUGUAACUGAACAGUGAUACGUUGUGAUUUUGUUAAUGACUAGUUAUUUAUUGAUUGUUGAGAGUGUUCUGAAUUUUGAAGCGCAAAAACAUUUUGAAUAAAUUGUAACGAACAUA